GUUUUCAUGGCCUGCAUACUCCUAGGGCAAAACUGGUGACGACGGAAACCUGGGAAGAGUCAGCAUCAGGAGAAUUUCCAACUAUUCAGCUGUUAAAAUUUCAGGAGCAGCCAACUGUCAUCAUCGCAAGCACUAAAGCAGACAAGGCCUUUCUUAACGCCUUGGCAACACCAGCUGAGGAAGGUGGAAGCAAGUUUUUUGUAAAGACUGUUAAGAGCAACCUUUUCGGUUAUGAACACGCUCAGAACAGACUAACGUUCUUACAGUGGAGCGGCAUGCCCCAGGGGUUGAAUGCGUCUCAGAGGUUGCAACUUCUCAACACCAAGAUCAGGCUGGAGGACGAUGUGCAAGUCAGAGCUCUGGGUGCUCUGCUCACGGUACUUCAGCAAGAAAUGAUAUUGGACAAUGUUGAGGUCACUGACAAUGACGGAGACUCUGCUUCCCUUGGAGUUCGGAUAGGCAGCAUUUCCCAACUGAAUCUAGAUGGUUUUUUGUCAGUGGACGCAUGGACCCUGAACAGCUUGCAGAUAUUUCAGAGCGACAAGCAUCCCAGCCCUAUGGGCAUUGGCAAGACUAAAGAAGGAUUCUCUGUGUUUGGAUUGCUGAAUAAGUGUGUGACAGCUGGAGGACGAAGCAUGCUUAGGAUGUGGUUUCUGCGCCCAAUUGUAGAGUUGCAAUUUGAAGGGGACAACGGUGAUGGAGCUGCUUCUUUUUACCACACGGAUAAGACCAGGGAACUAGAUCAGGUUCUUGGUGAUGUGUUCCACAAGAUCCUUGACAUGGAGAGUGUGAUUAUUCGUGAUCUUGAGGGCCGUGUCCUUGAGCACUCCGAUGCUUUAACUGUGGCAUUUGCAGUUGCUGCUGAAAUUGAUUGUCUUGUUUCUCUGGCUCUUUCUGCUCGAGAAUUCAAUUUGAAGCAGCCGCGACUGACCAAGGAAAACGUGUUGAAGAUUACGAAUGGAAGGUGA